AUGGGGCUCGGACAGUCCAGCAAGGCGCCCACGGCGGAGGACACUGAGGAGGUCAACUUUGACCACUUCCAGAUCCUUCGAGCCAUUGGGAAAGGGAGUUUUGGGAAGGUGUGCAUCGUCCAGAAGAAGGACACAAAGAAGAUGUACGCCAUGAAGUACAUGAACAAGCUCAAGUGCGUGGAGAGGAACGAGGUGCGCAACGUCUUCAAAGAGCUGCAGAUCAUGCAGAACCUGGAGCACCCAUUCCUAGUCAACUUCUGGUACUCGUUCCAGGACGAGGAGGACAUGUUCAUGGUGGUGGACCUGCUGCUGGGAGGCGACCUGCGCUACCACCUGCAGCAGAACGUGCACUUCUCCGAGUCCACCGUCAAGCUGUACGUCUGCGAGAUAGCCCUGGCUCUCCACUACCUGCGCAACAAGCGCAUCAUCCACAGAGACGUCAAGCCAGACAACAUCCUACUGGACGAGCACGGUCACGUCCAUUUGACGGACUUCAACAUCGCCGCCGUGGUGAAAGACGACCUCAAAGCCUGCUCUAUCGCCGGAACCAAGCCAUACAUGGCCCCAGAACUCUUUCAGCCUUUUGAGGGGACCCAUCCCGGAUACUCGUUUGCAGUGGACUGGUGGUCACUUGGGAUCACGGCCUAUGAGCUUCUCAGAGGACAGAGACCCUACGUGAUGCGCUCCUGCACGCCGGCCAAUGAGAUCAUUCAGACGUUCCACAAGGUUUACCCCAGCUACCCCGCCGCCUGGUCCACAGAGAUGAAGUCUCUGCUCAGAAAGCUAAUAUGUAUGGACGUGUCCAAGCGGAUGUCCAGCCUCUCUGAGCUCCAGGAGACGGACUACCUCGCCGACGUCAACUGGGACGCUGUCCUCAGCAAACAGAUCUCCCCCGCGUUCAUCCCCAAUAGACGGCGUUUGAACUGUGACCCCACGUUUGAGCUGGAGGAGAUGAUUCUGGAGUCCAAACCACUGCACAAGAAGAAGAAGAGACUGGCCAGGAAGAGCAGGGACAACAGCUCUGAUGGGUCACCACAGAAUGGUCUGCUCCAGCAGCGUCUGGAUAACGUGGAAAGGGACUUCAUCAUCUUCAACAGAGAGAAGCUGCGGAGAGCCAAGACGGACACUGAGGAGAACGAGCAGCUCAUGAAGGAGAAGGUGAAGGCGGCCAUCGAGGAUGGACAGAACAACAACGUUGACCCCCCUGCAGCAUGCCCUUCUGAAUAG